AUGAAACGCAAACUCGCCGCCCUGGAGAAGCUGGAUGCUGACUUACCAGCGCUCCAGCACAAAAUCCGCAACGAUCCGCCCUCCUACCGCGACGACUUUGUGAACCAGUACUCGCAAUACCAGUCCCUGUACGAACUCUUCGAGGCCUCACCCACCACUACAGACGACACGGGCAUUGUGCGACUACGUGAUCUGGUGGACUUUGUCAGCCAUGUCGCCGACUGCUACCCGACACUCACCAAAGCCUUUCCGGGACAAUUGAUUAGAUUGCUAGAACUGCACCAUGCAACGCUUGAAGCAGAACUCCGAGACAAAUUGGUGGGCAGUCUGGUGUUGCUGAGACGGAAAGAGGUGAUAGACAGCCAAAUCCUGCUGAAUGUGCUAUGGCCACUGCUCAUAUCCACCCCUUCCAAGAGCCUACGAGCGCUGCUCUUCCAGAAGAUCCUGAGUGAUCUACGAACAAGCAACAACAAGACGACAAAUCACAAACUCAACCGCAGUGUGCAGACGACAUGCUACAACCUCAUCGCCUCCAAUCCUGCCUCGCCCAAAGGUCUCUGGGCUGUGAAACUCACGCGCGAACUGUGGAAACGUCAAGUCUGGACCGAUGGAAAGGCAGUCAGUAUCAUGGAAGCUGCCGCGCUAUGUCAAGACGCCAAGGUAGUCACGGGUGGUGUGCGCUUCUUCUUGGGAGGCGAUCAAGAGCGCGAGGAAGCGGCAGACGAUGAUAGCGAGGCUGAAGACACCGUGGAUGUCAGGAAGUUGAAGCACCAAGCUGGUAUCAAUAAAAAGAGCUCCAAGCGAAACAAGGAAGUCCGUGAUGCGACGAAGAAAGUCAAGAGGCAAGAGAAGAAGAAGAAUGCACCUCAUCCUCUCAACUUCAGCGCCCUGCAUUUAUUACAUGAUCCUCAAGGCUUUGCAGAGAAGUUAUUCCAGCAGCAUCUUCAGCCUGCUCAGCCGAAAGUGAAGUUGAAUCUGGAUCAGAAGCUGCUGGUGCUUAACCUUGUCAGUCGGCUAGUGGGUCUGCAUAAGCUCACGCUCAUCUCGCUCUACUCGUACUUCUUGAAGUAUUUGUCACCGCGACAGCCUUCGGUCACUUCCUUCCUGGCUAGUCUAGCGCAGGCGACACAUAGUCUGGUUCCACCAGAUGCGCUGGAACCCUUGGUCCAAAAGAUCGCGAAUGAGUUUGUGUCGGAGGCUGCGGCGUCAGAGGUGGCGAGUGCGGGUCUGAACGGCAUUCGGGAAGUUUGUGUACGGCAACCUCUGGCUAUGAACGAGACAUUACUACAAGAUCUGGUGCAGUACCGGAAGUCGAAAGACAAGGGCGUACAGAUGGCUGCGCGAGGUUUGCUAUCAUUGUACCGCGACGUGGGCGCAGAGAUGCUGAAGAAGCGUGAUCGCGGUCGGGAUGCAGCGCUUAAGCUGCGAGCACAGAACACGCAAGAAGGCGGCAUUGAGGCAGCGAGGAGGUUCGGACAGGUUGAUGAAGGAGGAAUUGAGGGUCUGGAUCUACUGGAGAAGUGGAAGGAGGAGCAGGGUUUGGACGAGGAUGAAGAUGAGGCGAAGGGGUGGGAGAAUUGGGAUGCGGAGAGUGAUGAUAGUGAGAGUAGUGGCGGGUGGAUCAAUGUUGAGAGUGAGGGUGAAGAUAUUGAUGUCAGUGAUUCCGAGGAUGAGAAGGAGAGGAAGAAGGAUGUCGAGAAAGCAAAGAAACAGAAGCUUCCUGAAGCCAAAGACGAUGAGAAAGAAAACGUCGACGAUGCAGAAACGACCUCCCGCGCUACAGCCUCCCUCGAACCCGAAGCCGCCGUCAAAAGAGAAGAACAGCGCAUCUCCAAACUUGCCACCACCCGCAUCCUCACCCCAGCCGACCUAACCAAACUCAAAGAACUCCAACAAUCCGCCGCCAUAACCGCCAACCUUCCUUCGGCCAAACGCCGCAAACUCGCCGUCCAAGCCGCCGCCGCCAACGCUGCCCGCCACGCCGACGACGCCGUCACCGCAUCUGACAUCGCCGGCCUGGCCAAACUCAGCGCGGGCAAAGCGACAAAAGAAGAACGUGUUGCACUCGCCCGCGGAGUCCGAGAUGGAGUGGAGGCGGAGAAGAACGAUCAUAGGAGUACGACUGCGAGGAGGAAGGAGAAGAAGGCGAGUGAGGGCAAGUCGACGACGAAUAAGGAGAAGGCGCGGAAGAAGAAUUUUAUGAUGACGUUGGGCAAAGCGAAGAGGAAGGGGAAGAGGAGUUUGGUGGAGCAAAGGGGGAUUUUGAAGGCGCAUGUCGAAAGGGGGAAGAGGGGGGGGAGGAAGGGGAAUAAAUAUGUGGGGGCUACGAUAGUCAACCUUGGUCAAGAAGGUUGGGUGGGUGGGUGGUAUAUCAAGCCAUCUUGA